ACGAAUUUGUCUUAACUGAUUUUAACAACGCUAAAGUAUACUGACCUUAACGACGUUAAUAACCGGAUCACACGUUCAUAGUAAAUCAUAAUUUUUCUACUAUUCAAUAAUAUAUUUUUUCAAUAAAUUUCCAAACACGCAUCUUUGAAUCUGCGUGUAAUUGUUACGUCGGUGUGUCUAGUGCAUGAGCAAUUGGUAAUCACGUUGAAUCAUCAGAAGCAAUUGUCAAUCUAAACUUAUCAGACACAAGAUUCAUCAUUAUGUACGCGAAAAUGGCUUUUCAGCAUCAAGCUGGCACUGCUAUGGAAUGCUUAAGCAUACCAAUUGUGUUGGUAAAAGAAACAGAUGUUAAUGAAAAUGGAGAGGAAGUGAUGAAGUGUGGUUUUAAAAUUGGAGGUGGAAUCGAUCAAGAUUUCAGGAAAAGUCCUCAGGGUUAUACGGAUAAUGGUAUAUAUGUAACUGAAGUACAUGAAGGAUCACCUGCAGCAAAGAGUGGUCUUCGUAUGCACGAUAAAAUUUUACAGUGCAAUGGAUAUGACUUUACGAUGGUAACUCAUAAAAAAGCAGUAUCAUAUAUUAGGAAGCAUCAAGUAUUAAAUUUAUUAGUAGCUCGUAAAGGGGUAACAAGUACUUAAAUACCAAAUAAGUGAUCUAUUUGGUCUAAGGAUAUUUAUUUCGCUCUAUACAAUAACAAAGUCAAUUUAUUGGAGCUACAUGU